AUGGGUCUACAUGGACGGGACAUUAAAACGGGCAUUCCUGCAGUAGUAUACAAGCUUGCUGAUAAUAUAGAUGAUUGGAACAUGUUUGCAUGGGGUACAUAUUUCUGGAAAUAUACUUCGCGUAUGAUGCAUGGAAUGUUUAAGAAAAUAGAAGAUCUUAGAGUAUUGAAGCAGGCCAAUCUCGAAUCGAAGAAAGUACACAAGUAUACCAUUCCCGAUUUUAUGCUUCCGUUUAAGAUAUGGAUUUUGGAGACGUUCCCAGAGGCAACCAAGUUUUAUAUACGCACGCCGAUAGAAUUGCCACAGAUGAGGGUGUGGAGAAGUAAAACACCGUUAUCUUGGGUUCAAUGUUAUCUAAUAAUGAACGUGUCUGUGCCUAACAACUAA